CGGAUAUCAUGGGUGAUCUCAUCAUGUUAAAUCUCAGAAUGACUGUCCUUCUAUCACGACCAAAGCGCACAGUCACUCUCACGGGUCCCAGCUCCUCACUCAAGACAUGACACUCUAUCUUACGGUCCCCUCCCGCGCGCCAAGCUUCUGGGCAGUAGCGAGGACAACCGUUCCUUGAUCCUGAUAUGUCUUGUCAAGCAUAUCCGAGUACUCCCACCACCAUGAAUCUCAUCAAGUGACCAUGCCGCCACCACAAGCUGACGCUGGCCCGCGCUCGCCGAAUACGACCGCCACGCUAGAGUUCGACCUGCACCUGACGCCGAGGUCACCGCUGAUCUGGUUUGCAGACGCGGGUGACGAGCCGCCUCAGCCAGGACGCCCGCGCGUAAACUUCCGCGAAUGGACGGCGCUGCGGGACGGGCGCCUCGCGACAGGCGAUGCGACGGGUGCGCAAGUAAGCUACAGGCUGAGCGACGGGGCGAGCAUGUUCUCGCAGCUGUACAUGCCGCUCGUCGGGCGCGGCGUGCGCGUCUCCGGCAACGUGGCGGCCGACUACGACGGCUGGCUCAGCCGCAAAGGCCGCGACGACAUGGUCGACAUCGGCAACACGGACCCGCUGUACGCCGACGACGGGCCGUUCACGCGCCGCUCGCUCAACAUCCACCGCCUGGCGCGGACGACGGGGGCGCGCAGCGGCAGCGUCGAGAUCACGGGGGUGACGGUACGCACGGGGAUGAACACGACCGCCCCCUCCCUCGUGGAAGUACCCACGUCCUUCGUCCCCUUCGUGUUGGAGGACGGCACGCCGAACCCCGCGUUCCAGUACAUGGGCACAUGGGCGCCACUAGCUUUCGGCCGCACUCGCGUGCUCGAGGGCACGGGCUCCGCGCAGCUCGGAAUCAGCGUGCCGCCCGGCACGGCGUUCAUGCUCGUGAACGGCACGGCUGGGCCGGAGUGGGGCGCGCUCGCGGUCGCGUGGGUGGCGCCGCCGCUGCUGCGGCUCGAGCUCGACCGCGGGGGCACCGAGUACGACUUUGCGCCGUCCAACUCCUCGCGGCCGUUCAUGGCGCACGGCGAGGCCGUGUACUACUCUGCCCUCGAUCCCGAAGAUGUGUACACGCUCACGCUGGGGCCGUGGUCCACCGAGCGCGGCAUCGCGCUGCACAGCGUGACAUUUUACGCGGGAUCGAAGGACGCGCAGGAGCCGUUCAGCGUCAAGGCCCCCGGGGAGUUUCCGGGGUUCGCUGAGGAGCAGCAGGGCGGAACGGGCGGAACGGGCGGAACGGGCGGGACAGGCGGAGCGGAAAAGCCCGUGGAGGCAGGGAAGACGGGGAGCUCGACGCCGGUCGGCGCUAUCGUUGGCGGAGUUGUCGGCGGCGUGGUUGUGUUGCUCGUUCUCGCAGGCUUGUGGUGGUGGCGCAGGCGCAAGCGGCACAGGCGCGCCCCGCUUGACGACAAGUUUGAAGUGGAUGGCUCGCCGCACUCGCUCGCCGGGCCUCAUCUUACGCCGUAUGAGGCCCAUUCUGCGAUACAGCUUCACACUAUCGACAGCGCGGGUGUGGGUGCAGGUGCGGGUGCGGUUGGGCUCAGUACCCAUGACGGGCUAGCGCCUUCAAAGUCGGGACUGGCGUCCUCCGGGCCACCACUGUCGCCGGUGGCGUCUUCCGGGCCACCGCUGUCGCCGCUGCCGUCCUCCGGGCCGCCACCGUCGCCCCUGGCGCAGACUAAGCAGGCAGUGCUCGCGGUGGUAGAGCACUACGCGCCCGGCUCGACAGGGGAUGCCUCGCCUACGGGCAACGACUCGCCGCCUAGUCCCGUGCGAAGCAAGAGUCGUAUGAUCCGUCCCGCCGCGAGCUCACUAUCUCCUGCCCGCACAGCGCCACGGACACACGAGGAGGACGCCGGCCAGCUCCUCCCCCCCAUGUAUAAUCUCGCCUGGACGCCGGGCUCAGCGUCCUAUCCGCCUCGCGUGUGA